AUGCCGGAAGCUGUCGCCGAGGACCCGAAGGCGGAGGCUUCGAAACCCGAGGCCUCCGGCGAGACAGCGCAGGAGCCUACUGCCGAGAUCAGUGCAGAGGGGAAAGAGACUGCGCCUCCAGAUGGCAAGGGGAAGGGCAAAGGAAAGGAGAGGAAGAAAACCUCAUACUGGAUCUCCUGGGAUUCGCUGGAGAGGCGCAUGGAGAAAGGUAGAUGGGUGGCCAUUAGCUGUUCGAAGGAUCACUCUGCCAAGAUCUGGGAGCUCCACAGCCACGAGUGCCGUGGUACGCUGGCAGGUCUUCAUGAAGGAGCUGUCCGCUGCGCAGUCAUAGACUGGAAGGAGCUGACGGGGAUCACUGGUGCAGAUGACGGCAGCAUGGUCCUGUGGAACCUGGACCGGUAUGAGUGCAACGAGCAAUGGCUUUCUGGGAAGUUCGGUCAGCAAAUCUGCGUUGCCGCGGAUUGGGAAAACCAGCGUGCUGUCAGCGGCACAGCACAGGGGAAGCUCCUGCUGUGGGAUUCGAAGAAGCUGGCACUCAUCAGUGCAGUGGACGCUCACCCGGGAGCACGCAUCAACAAAGUCUUCAUUGAUGUGGUCAUCGGCUUCGCCGUAACCGCUGCCGAAGACGGCAGAUUACGAGUUUGGGACGUCACCGUCCCCGAGCUGACAUGCAUAGGUACCUUCGACAAGCACGGCGACAGCAUCACAGCUUUGGCCGUUGACUUCAACAAGAACCGGGUCUUCAGCGGAGCUGCUGAUGGAUCGCUCUGCUUCUGGCAUCUGGCCCGGCCUGUGAAAACGCGCGCCUCCAUUGGCAAGCUUGACGGGCAUGAUGACAAGGUCAAUGCUGUGGCCCUUGACGUGAAGAAGGGCUUAGCGGUCAGUGCCUCUGAUGACGAGACUGCACGUGUGUGGGAUGUGCGCGACUCCAUCUGUUUGGGCGUGCUCGAGGGUCACACGCUGGCGGUGCGAGAUGUUGUCGCGGACUUCGACCAGCAGACCUGCAUCACCUGCUCAGAUGACGCGACCCUCCGGAUGUGGGACAUGGUGGACAGCACGUGCUUGGCCGUCCUCGAGGGCCACACUGGCCGU